AUGGUUGCGCAGGAGAUAUCUGAUGAUUUACAAGCUUUGUUUGUCGCAGCGAUCGAAGCCUCUUAUCUUACACGAGACCUAGGCGGCAUCGAACGCUGUGUCGAUUUGUUGAAUAGGUUGAAGUCUAAGUCUCUCUCCGUCAGCGACAUUCAACGAUUCUCUAAGUCCAUAUUUAGGUUGGAGACUCUGAGAACUCACAAGAACCCUAAGAUCCGUGAAGUAUCUCAAUCUUUGUUCCAUUCAUGGUUGGCUACUCUUUACGCACAAGGAAGAGACCAAUCUCUCAAGCCAAAGAAGAAGAACCUUGUUCCAACAGAGUGUUCGAAAAAAGAACAUAGAUCUAUCUCAAGUCUUGAACCGAAGGAAGAGAUUAAGAAAAAGACAGGCCUUGUGGAGUUGAAGACAGAGACACAACGAGACAACAGAGACAAAGAUGGUAAGGUUACAACCAAAACCUUGCUUCCUCCUCCCAAGAGAGUCGCUUCUUGCGCAAACCCUAAUUCCGCGGCGAAAACAGAGGAGAUGUUGGAGUUGUUCGAAGCAGCCAAGAAAGCUGCUGACGUGGCCAACGCUAAGGGUAUUCUCUCGGGCAAAGCAGAUGCGUCUCGCUGCGUCGAGGCUAUCUCUUUGCUCAUGAAGAUGAACGUCACUCCAAAACCUAAUGAGCCAAGAAGGAUUAUGGAGAGGCUUCAGGGACUCACAAAGCACAAAGACCGUACUAUUUGCAACGCUGCAUCAUCCCUUCUUCAACUUUGGAGGCAGAGGAUCAAAGAAGGUGAAGCCAAAGCUGCGUCUACAAUCGAUAUGAUUCUUUCCAAACCUUGUGGAGCUCAUCAGAUACGUGGUCAGAGCUUCACAAGAGAACCUACAAAGAAGAGGAAACUAGUGAUGUGA